GCAAACCCAGAUCUGGGUUCUCUCGCAAACUUCAUCUUCUUCCUCCUUUCCUUUCCUUGCUCAUCCUUCUUCCUUUUUCUUCUUAUUCUUUCUCUCUCUCUCUCUCUCUUCUCCUUUCUUCUUCCUCUUUCAAACCCAAAUCUGGGUUUCAUCACAUAACAUGGAAACUAAUCUCGAAUAUACUAAACAGCAAAGCGGAGAUCUCCUAAGCCAACUAACAGAAAGGAACAUAGAUUAAAAAGAGUAAAGAAUUUCUAGAAAAAAGGCAAUUCGAGCCAAAUCACAUUCACAUACAAGCCAACUGCAGAUCUAAUCUCGAAUAUAAUCAACACAAAAACCACUUAAUCAACUCAAAAAAUACACAUAGAAAACACAAAAUAAGCAAAGAACAAAACCAGAUCUAUACCCUCCUUUUCUUCCCCUUCACCUUGAUCACUUUCCUCUCCCUCGCUUUCACCUACUUCUUCCUCUUCACUCUCUACUGUUGCUACAGCUGCAGCAAGGGUUGAAUAAUUCCUUCUAAAAUACCCAUCAUCCACCGAUGCCGAACCCAGGCGGCCCCAGGCGUCCCCAGGCGUCCCUAGGCACCGAAUUCGGUAUUGAUGUUGCUGGCAAUGUUUCAAUCAUGUCAUGCGGUGAUGACAGAAAACACCAAGUGGAUGAAUCCUUCAUGCUCAAAGCAAUGCAACAACAAUUUCAGAGGUUGGACAUCAUGUUUGGUGAGAUUAAAGACAAAAUGGAGAAGCAAGAUGCAGCGAUUGCCAAGUUAUACCAAACACAGAAUGGAAGUCUGAAUUUCCAUAGGAAUGAUGCUAAUGAUGAUGUCUAUGACAAUUAUAAAGAUGCAUUCAACAUUGACGCCCAGAACUCAAAUUUCAGCAUGGACAGAAUUAUGAGAGGUAGAGGGGGCCAAAGAGAGCAAAAUUUGACAAGGUGGAGAGAUUGGCAAGAUCGUGACUUAGGUAGCAUCAAGAUGAAGAUUCCUCCUCUAUUUCAAGGCAAGAAUGAUCCAGAUGUGUAUUUGGCGUGGGAAAAGAAGCUUGUGCUUAGUCGACGUAGAAAUCGAGAGCAUCCUGUUGACACUUGGGAAGAGAUGAAAGCUGUGAUGAGAAAACGAUUUGUUCCUAGUCACUACUACCAUGAUCUCUAUCAACGAUUGCAGGGCCUUACUCAAGGGUCCAAAAGCGUUGAGGAUUAUCACAAAGAGAUGAAAAUCGCAAUGGUUAUAGCGAAUGUGGAAGAGGACAGAGAAGCAACUAUGGCAUGGUUUCUGCAUGGCUUAAAUCGUGAUAUAGCUAAUGUGGUGGAGCUGCAGCAUUAUGUGGAAUUGGAAGAUAUGGUGCAUAUGGCGAUGAAAGUAGAACGGCAACUCAAGCGUAAAGGAGCCACCACCAGAAAUGGGCAAAAUUCAGGUUUCUCAUCUUCUUGGAAACUGAAUUGGAGCAAAAAGGGAAGAAAAUUCUGUUUUUAAGCCUAAAACUGCAGCAUCUAAGUCAAAAGAAGUUGGCAGCAAUGAGAAGAGUAAAACAGAUAAUACGCAAGGCAGAAACCGAGACAUCAAGUGUUUUCGAUGCUUGGGAAGGGGGCAUGUUGCAUCACAAUGUCCUAAUAAGCACACGAUGAUCUU